ACAAAAUGAUCUACUUUGCGGUCCACAAGAUGAUCUACUUCCAACUAUAACAACCCCAUCCCCUCUUCUAAUCCCAUCUCCCCCAAGAAAAAGAAACAUAAUACUCUGGUACAAAAAAAGAAAACGAGAGAGAGAGAGAGAGAGAGAGAGAAACCACAAAAUGCUGGGGGAAGCGAUACUGUCGAUCUGGGCAUCGUUCCAUGGCUGGCUCACCCCCGCCGUUCUUUUCGUGCUCCUAAACGUCGUCGUCGGCACCAUCGCCGUCACCUCCAAGGGCAUCCGCCGCGACGCCGACGCCGGCGACCCCCGCAAGCUCUCCCGCUCCCCUUCCCUCGUCCUCGACCGCCUCCGCUCCUUCAACCUCUACCGCUACUGCUCCGGCAACAUCCCCCUCGAGACCGCGCCCCCGCCGCCAGUCACCCGGUCCGAGCCGCUUGAAACCCUCCACGCCUCGCUGGAUCCCGCCAUCGCCGCUGAAUCCGAGGUCCCGGAGGCCGUUCCCGCAGGCGAGGAGCACCACCACUUCGACCGGAGCCAGUCGGAUACGCACCCGACGGCGGGGGAAGUGCCGGUGAAGCUGGCGGCGAAGAUGAAGAAGUCGGCGAGCGACAAGUCGGCGUUCGCGCACUUCGAUGCCGAGGAGGUGGAGGUGAUGCUGCAGCCGGCGACGACAAGGGCGAGGACUGGGCGACGGGAGGCGGAGGAGGAGGACGAGAGAGGAGAGGUGGAUGCCCGUGCCGACGACUUCAUCAACCGCUUCCGGCAGCAGCUCAAGCUUCAGCGGCUCAACUCCAUCAUGAGGUACAGGGAGAUGCUCAACCGUGGAGCCGGAAACUAAAUUUAGUAAUUACUACCGCGAUAAAAUAAUAACUGAAUAAGAAAAGUAGGGUAUUUCUUUCGUCUUUCUCGAAAAAUAGCGGCAGAAAACCUUCUCAGGUUAUUAGUUUGCUAUAUUUGUACUAGCUGGUGGUGAUUACAUAGAAUUUUAGCUUAAUGUUAUGAACUUGUUGGCGUGGUUCGUGUU